CGCGCCCACGCGCACGCCUUCGCAUUCGCGACCGCGCUCUGUUCGGUCGUCGCACGCGGCACGGUCAUCGCGCGCCAGCGCUCNNUUCGACGCGUAUCGGACGAGGGCGAAAAGCACCACCGUCGGUCGAGUACUACGGACGCGCGAGCGAAGGGCGCGCGGUGACACGUCGUCGUCGUCAUCAUGGGACGCGUGGAGGACAUCACGCUGCCGACGCGGUUCAUCUUGACCGCGGCGCACCUCAUAGCGACGCUCACGAUCGUCUACGACUCGGACAUGACCGUGUAUCGCGCGACGGGGACGUCCACCGGGGUGAGCGACGAUAAGAUGCAGCUCGAGGCGCUCGCGUGGACCUCCAUCGCGUGCUUCAUCGUCGAGUUCCUCGGCAUGUUCAGCGGCGUGUCGCUCUUCGUGCACAGCGCGAACGUGACGUACAUCUUUCUUCACUUUUUCGGCACCGUCUACGUCGCGCUGUUUUGCUUCCUUCACUGGGACCUGGACGUGUUCCCGUGGCUCGCGGCGUUGUUUUCGUUCCUCCCGGCGACGAUCGAGGUGGGGGUCGCGUUCGCGGUGUACAAGCUCGGCGUCAUGCAGUACAAGUGAUGAAAGCGAAACGACCGACGUCGGCCGACGGACGAAGAGGGCGGCGGCGGCGGCGGCGGCGGGCGCGGGGCGCCCGCGUAGGCUGUAUAAAGAGCGCGAGCGAGCGAGCGAGGAGAUGGUUUAAAUACUCAACACGUCGCGGUUAAUAAAAACAACAAAACAAAC